UAUCGCAUUCGUCAUCUUCUACCUCGCGCAGCCUUCGCUUCAUUUCUCACUAUGAAAUGAAACUCUCUUGAACCAGAACCAGAACUACAAAUAUCACAACAACAUCAACCAAACCCUAAUUCCCAAACCUUCGAGAAUGGUUUCGUUAGAGGAAUCUCGCUCCAAUUCGAGCCGUUUCCCCUUAUCGCAAACCUUCCUCCACCACCACCACCACUCCUCCAAAACGCAGCGUCACAUAGGCAGGUCCAUGCGCACCAUCCGCUCCAACUUCUUCCAAGACGACAACAGCAGCACCUGCUCCUUCACCGAGAAAUCCACCUGCUUCUCGGAAAAUCUCACCGACUCCGUCGUCGACCUCCGCCUCGGUGAACUCGCCACCCGGAGCAACAAAUCUCACAGAUCCUCGUUCGCCGACGAGGACCUUCUCGAUCUCUCGCAGGCCUUCAGCGACUUCUCCGCCUGCAGCAGCGACAUCUCCGGCGAGUUACAGCGCCUCGCUACACUUCCCUCGCCGGAGUAUUUCCCCGACGCCGCCGGAGAUGAAAAUCCCCAGCCUGAGCCGGAGCCUUGCAUGGGGUUUCUGCAGAGGGAGAAUUUCUCAACCGAGAUCAUCGAGAGCAUCUCCCCGGAGGAUCUUCAGCCGACGGUGAAGCUCUGCAUCGACGGGCUCCAGUCUACAUCUGUCAACGUGAAGCGAUCCGCGGCGGCGAAGCUGAGGCUACUUGCGAAGAAUCGCGCUGAUAACCGUGUUCUGAUCGGGGAAUCUGGUGCGGUUCCUGUUCUCGUUCCGCUGCUUCGGUGCAGCGAUCCGUGGACGCAGGAGCAUGCGGUGACGGCGCUGUUGAACCUGUCACUCAAUGAUGAGAACAAGAAGCUGAUAACCAAUGCCGGAGCUGUGAAGUCGUUGAUUUAUGUGCUGAAGACGGGGACGGAGACUUCGAAGCAGAACGCGGCGUGUGCUUUGCUGAGCCUUGCGUUGGUGGAGGAGAACAGGAGCUCGAUCGGCGCUUCCGGGGCGAUACCGCCGCUGGUUUCGCUGCUGAUAAAUGGUUCCAGUAGGGGGAAGAAGGAUGCGCUGACAACGCUGUACAAGCUGUGCUCUGUGAAGCUGAACAAGGAGAGGGCGGUGAACGCUGGAGUGGUGAAGCCGCUGGUGGAUCUUGUGGCGGAGCAAGGGACUGGUCUGGCGGAGAAGGCGAUGGUGGUGCUCAACAGCUUGGCUGCGGUUCAGGAUGGGAAGGAUGCGAUUGUGGAAGAAGGUGGGAUAGCUGCUCUUGUGGAAGCCAUUGAAGAUGGGUCAGUGAAGGGGAAAGAGUUUGCUGUUUUGACACUUCUGCAGCUGUGUGUUGACAGUGUCAGGAACAGAGGGCUUCUUGUGAGAGAGGGUGGGAUACCCCCUCUUGUUUCUCUUUCACAGUCUGGAACUCCUCGAGCUAAGCACAAGGCUGAAACUCUCCUGCGGUAUUUGAGAGAAUCAAGGCAAGAAGCAUCAUCUUCAGGUUCUUAGAGAAGUAAUUACGUUACCACUUAGGGAGGUAAUUAUACAAUGUAAUUGGUUAUUGUGUAUAUAGUGGUUUUGCUGGUUUGUACAGUGUGGUCAAGAUAGUUGGGAAGGAAGGAUGUUUGUUGAAGUUAGAGGAAGCUAGCAAGCUAUAGACUGACCCUUAGGUGUAUGAAUAUAGCUAGGUUUGGCAUUUUGGUUUCCCUUGUUUCAAUUUGUUCUGUGUCCUGGAGUUCCAUGGUUGCGUUUUGAGUCUUUGGUUGAUUAGGUUUUUUAAAUUUCUUUGGUUUAGUAGAUGACCCUAGUUUUGUGAAAAGGGUUUCUGAUUGUAUAAUGUAUGUUAAUUUUCCUGCUGGUAGUGAAAGUACAGAGCUUGUACUGCACUACUACUUGGAUACUUGGAAUUUGUAUCCAUAAUUUCCUUUGAUUAAAACGGAACUUGAGUUCGUGUA